GCGUAAUGGCCGCCUCGUGCUUUGGCUCAACAAGAGCUGAACAUCGAAUUACAAUCAAGGAAAAUCUGAGGUGUUCAUUGACCAGCGCACGCAUUCGUCAUAAAAGGCCGCCACGGGGGGAAUGUUCUCGGGUGGGGGGGCCCAAACGUGACUUUGUGCUUCGGCGGAUUUAUCGAGUAUGGAUUUCAACAGCACGCUGACGGCUUAUCAGAUUGAUAUUCUCUCAAGCGUGUACUUGCUCUCAUUAACUCCCAGCGUGAUUGGCAGCUGUUCUGUGCUGGCGGUCUCCACGUUGAGAUGGCGACACCUCAAAGAGCAGGUGCAACUCCUGGUCCAGCUGUCCCUGGCGGACCUUGCGGCCGCCCUCGUCCUGAUGUUCACCAGCGCGAUUAACAAAGUCGCCGCCGACGACAACAACAACAACAAGGUGACAAUCUGCCAGUACGGCCUGCCUCUGUCACUGACGUUUUAUCUGAUCUCAUUCCUGCUGGUGGCCGUGUACGCAUGGAAGUCCAAAAAAACCAUCAAAGGAUGGAGAGCGACGGCAGCUGAGGAGGAGGGAAGGCAGAAUCGCCGCAGAAGUCCGCUGUUAUCUUUACCAGUCUACGUGUACGUGUGGUUGAUCCCGGCCGCCGUGUACUUAGCGUACGUGCUCACGCCUUUCAUCAAAACCACCCCGCUGAUUCCCGGCCCCCGAAGCGACACCGUCCAGGACCACGCUAAGUAUUGCACCAGUUGCAUUUUGUUCUUACACAUCUGGAUGGAUUCCUGCUCAGAUGCGGAGAUCAUCCACGACACCUUUAUGCGAGUCUUUCUGUUCCUGGUGGUGAUUCCCGUGACGUUGUCUUGCGCCGUCAUUUACCAUAAGGUGGGCAGAUGGUACGAAGAGCACCGGCAGGAAGCGCUUUUCCCAGUGGAAGGAGACGGGCGCUCCGGCAGGAGAUUGAAAAGCGUCUUCUCCACGUCCAGAAACAUGCUCGUGGUCAUUUUGUUCUGUUGGACACCAGCCCUGCUGGUGAUUUUGCUCUCAACCUUGAUGGCGUGGCCUGCCGUUGAGCAACGCAGCCUGUUCGCCGCCUACAUUAUACAGGCCGCCGGCGUGUCCUUGCAAGGCUUCCUCAACAGUUUGGCGUACGCGUGGGGCCGACCCAACUUUACGCGGGCCGUGCUGGGGGAGAGCACGCCCCUGCUGGCGUACAGACACACGGCUUUCUUUGACGAGUCGCUAAAGAGCGACGUCGGGCGUGAGAGCAAGACGUUUUUCCAAUGAGGCGGAUCUGAGGCUGGAAAGCAAGUAAAGACCAGACGGAGGAUGUGCAAAGACCGCUGCAGUGUUGGCUCGCUGAAACCGACGAGGUGCAGUUCAGUGAGAUGAAACAUCGUACAGUGACGCCUCGGUUCUCGACCAGAAUCCGUUCCAGAAAACGGUUGGAGGAGUGAUUUGUUCGAAAACCGAAUCGAUAUUUCCCAUUACAAUGAAUGGAAAAAAAAAACAACAACGUUCCGAGCCUAAAAAAUGAGGCUUUUUAAAGCAUUUUUCUUUAGCUUUUCCUGAUAAUUGACUGCAUAGUAGAAAUACAUGUACAGUUUAAAUACUUUAUAUGAUAAAAUAAUUUAAGAAAUCUAUUUAUUUUUUGCUUAAAAUGUAUGCUUUAGUGGUAGAGUACACUAGGGUGGGAGUGGCAUUGCCGUUUCUGUAGCGACUCGGCCCCCGGCUUUGUAAAUUAAAUUUUUUUUUUUUCAUAACAAAAGUGCAGAAUAACUUUAAACGAGCAACUUGCCUUCUUUGGAGCCACGAUUGGGCGUUGAUACGGUCGUCAUCGAUAAGAAGAAAAACAACAGUCACGACCGGGACACGUCUGUGUACAGAGGCUGCGUUGUACACAAUAACAACAUUUCCGUUUUUCGUUUUUUUUCAGGGGUGUUCGAAUUGACUGUAACAAAAGGCGUCGUGGGUGGGUCAGCUGGUCUGGCCGCGUGUGAUUUGUUAUUUCCGGGUUUUGUCAGGGGCGUUCGAAUAUCGAUUUUCGUUGGAAAACAGAAGCAAAAAAGUCUUGAAAUUUUCGUCCGAAAACCGAUUUGUUCGAAACUGGGAACGUUCAAGAACCGAGGCUUUACUGUAUUUUAAGGCAGCGGCGUAUUGGGCUACUGACACUUGAACAUGAAGGCAGACAUGUUCUAGUGUUGCAGUUCUAGUGGGUUGAC